AUGGGAUUCGACCUGGAGCGUUUUAGCGAAGACGUGGAUCCGGACUUCAAGUGCAACUUGUGCAAUAAAGUGCUGGAGGAUCCCCUCACAACCCCUUGCGGACACGUUUUCUGCGCCGGCUGUGUCUUGCCCUGGAUCGUGCAACGUGGUAACUGCCCGGUGCAAUGCCGCAGGCUCGGCCCCAAGGAGCUCAACCACGUCCUCCCGCUGAAAAACCUCAUCCUCAAGCUGGAGAUCCGCUGCGACAACUACGAGCGGGGCUGCCAGAAAGUGGUGAGGCUGCAGCACUUGGCGGAGCACACGGAGAUGUGCGACUUCUCGCCGGCCAAGUGCCGGAAUAAAGGAUGCAGCGAGACGCUCAACUUGCGGGACAUGGAUGCGCACAUGCGGGAAAGUUGCGAGCACCGGCCGGUGGGCAUCUGCCAGAAGGGCUGCGGCUUGGUGCUGCUCCACCGUGAGCGCAGGCUGGGCUCCCACUGCUGCCUGCAAGCUCUCAAGGCGCACGGGAGGGGGCUGCAGAGCCAGCUCGCCAGCCUGGACCGGGAGCUGAAGAGACAGGGAGUGAGGUCCAGCAAGCGCGAGAAGUCACUGCUCUCCCAGCUGUCAGCUCUGCAGAGUGAGGUACAAAUGACAGCUCUCAAAUACCAGAAAAAAUUCACCGAGUACAGCGCCAGGAUCGACUCUCUGACUAAAAGCAUUCCUGUUCAAUGCAGUGGCGGAGAGACACUGACCAUCGUUAUGCAGCGGGACUUGGGUUCCCUGGGAUUUAAUAUUAUCGGUGGGAGACCUUGUGCGGAAAAUCAAGACAGCACAACAUGUGAGGGGAUCUUUGUGUCAAAAAUAGUGGAGAAUGGGCCAGCAGACAAAGAAGGGGGAUUACAGAUCCAAGACAGGAUUCUAGAGGUUAAUGGUAAGGACUUAUCCAGAGCCACCCAUGAGCAAGCAGUAGAAGCAUUUAGAACAGCCAAAGAACCCAUUGUAGUACAAGUAUUGAGAAGAACUCCACGCGCUAAAGUUCUUAAUCCAUCCCAUGAGUGUCAACUGGUAGAUAUGGGCACGCAGACAGACAUCACCUUUGAACACAUCAUGGCACUGGCUAAAAUAAGACCACCUACUCCACCUGUUGUGGUACUAGAAGAAUACCUUUUGCCUGAAGAGCACCCAUCAGGACAGGAUUAUUACGAUCCAAAUGACUACUUAGGAUUGCAAAAUGAAAUGGAUAGAGAAGAAUUUGAAUAUGAGGAAGUAGACUUGUACAGAUUGCACAGCCAGGACAAGCUUGGUCUCACAGUGUGCUACAGAACAGAUGAUGAAGAUGACAUGGGAAUAUAUGUAAGCGAGAUUGAUCCCAACAGUAUUGCAGCAAAAGAUGGCCGCAUAAGGGAAGGGGACCGAAUAAUUCAGAUAAAUGGUAUUGAGAUCCAAAACAGAGAGGAAGCUGUGGCCCUGCUUACCAGUGAGGAAAGCAAAAACAUUUCUCUGCUUUUGGCACGGCCCGAGAUGCAGUUGGAUGAAGGCUGGAUGGAUGACGACCGAAAUGAUUUCCUGGAUGAUUUGCAUAUGGACAUGCUAGAAGAACAGCAUCAUCAGGCUAUGCAGUUUACAGCCAACAUGCUUCAACAGAAAAAGCAAGAAGAAGAAGAAGGAACAACAGAUACGGCCACUAUAUUGUCUAAUCAGCAUGAGAAAGAUAGUGGGGUUGGGCGUACCGAUGAGAGCACUCGAAAUGAUGAAAGCUCUGAGCAAGAGAACGUCGGAGACGAGCAAACCGCCUCUCAUACCUUGAGUAGCCACAUGAAACUCGUGUACAGCCAUGACACUCUUGGAAGUUGUGACAUGCCAUUCAGUAAUGAAUCAUUCAUCUCUGGAGACUACACAGAUGCAGAUUUUCUUGGCAUUCCAGCUGAUGAGUGUGAGAGAUUCCGCGAACUGCUGGAGCUAAAAUGUCAGAUGCGGAGUGCCAAUCAGUAUAGCCUUUACUAUCAAAGUAGCGCCAUGGAUAUGAGUAAAAAUGACCAGGAAAUUGUUGACCGAGAACUUGAAAUGUUGAACGAUGAACUGCGCAACAUUGAGCUCGAGUGUCUGAACAUUGUGCGAGCCCAUAAGAUGCAACAGCUGAAAGAGCAAUACAGGGAGUCAUGGAUGUUACACAACAGUGGUUUCCACAACUACAACACCAGCAUUGAUAGCCACAGGCAUGAGCUGUCUGACAUCACAGAACUGCCUGAAAAAUCAGAUAAGGAUAGCUCCAGUGCCUACAAUACUGGUGAGAGUUGUCGAAGCACACCACUGACAUUAGAAUUAUCUCCUGACAAUUCCUUGCGUAGAACAGCUGAAAAUAUCAACAGUCAAAGCAUUGAGAGGACAGCCAGCAAUUCUGUUCCGAACAAUUCGCCCCAAAAGCCACUACAGCCCCUUACAAGGAGCCAAGAGUAUAUCCCUGCAAAAUCCAACUCUGCCACUAAGGAAUCUGACCAUAGCCACCAGUCUGACGGAAAGGAGGAGAAAAAUAUUGCUGAGAGCAACAAAGGCCAUACUUUCGCCCAGAACUCAGGGUCACAGCACGUCCCCUGUCCAACCACAUUCCACCAUUCCCCAUAUAGACAUGCUCAUAUCCCAGCACAUGCUCAGCACUAUCAAAGCUACAUGCAGUUGAUACAACAGAAAUCUGCUGUGGAAUAUGCACAGAGCCAAAUGAGUCUUGUAAGCAUGUGCAAAGAGUCGCCUUCUCAUGAAUCUUCAAAUCAGAUAGAGCCCAAAAUGGAGUGGAAGGUAAAGAUCCGAAGUGAUGGAACCAGGUACAUUACCAAGCGACCUGUCAGAGAUAGACUUCUUAAGGAACGCGCAUUGAAGAUUAAAGAAGAACGUUGCGGUAUGACAACUGAUGAUGAUGCAAUAAGUGAGAUGAAAAUGGGCCGCUAUUGGAGCAAAGAAGAACGUAAGCAGCAUUUGGUACGUGCAAAAGAGCAGAGAAGACGGCGUGAAUUCAUGAUGCAGAGUAGAUUGGAAUGUUUAAAAGAACAGCAGAGUACUGACGAGAAGAAAGAAGUGAACAUAAUUGAACUGAGCCACAAAAAAAUGAUGAAGAAAAGGAGCAAGAAAAUUUUUGAUAACUGGAUGACAAUACAGGAACUGUUAACCCAUGGUACUAAAUCACCUGAUGGAACAAGGAUAUAUAACUCCCUGUUAUCAGUAACUACUGUAUAAGUAAGCUUUUCCACGAUAUAAAUUAAAUACUACCAAUUGAGGUAGAAAAGAUCUUGCCUCGUUAAAAGUGGCAUAUUUUGUAAAUAUAUAAAAUACAUCAGUGGUCCAUAUGUGAAUGGAAGUGCUACAUAUACAUCAGUGGGUGACAAGACACAAAUUGAUCUGUUGUGCCUUUUUAAAGGCAGAAAUAAUAAGUAGUGUACUUUAAGCAACCACCUUGUUUUUCACAUUGCUUAGAAUCUACAAGUUAUUACCUUUCCAAAUUCACAUAUGCCAAUAGACUUUAGUCAUUGUUAAUAUUUUAUAUGAAUUGGAGACUCCUAUCAGGUGUUUUAGAUAUAAAAUGCCAUUUGCCUAGAUCAUACAGAAAUCUGCAGUCAUGUAUCUAUUUAUAUGGAAAAAGAUCUUUUAUUUUAUAAUUUCUUGCUGUUCUAUGUGUAACUUGCUUAAGUUUGAAUCAGUUUUCAGCUGGAAGACCUUAAAAAACUGCUGGAAUGUGCUUAAAUGUAAGCAGUUCUGCUGGCAAAACAAGCUGCAGUCAAUUAAAAGCAAAAUACUGCGGAUGCUGGAAAUCGGAAAUAAAAACAGAAAGUGCUAGAAAUACUCAGCAGGUCUGGAGAGAAAAGGUAUUAAUGUUGAGCCAAAUAUGGUUCUUCUUGAAGAACUCUUGCUUCUCUGUUCACAGUUGCUGCCAGGCCUGUUAACUACUCCCAGCAUUUUCUGCUUUUACUGCAGUAAAUUAGAGCUGUUUUCUUUGCAUGUACAUAAAUAUCAUUUGUUUAUAUGAAACAGAUUGUGUAAUUGUGAAAACCCAUUGUAGUUUAUUGUGUGCUUUGUAGGCUUGAAUGUAUUAAACUUAUGCAGUUUAAUUAAUAUUUAGUUAGUCACACACUUUUGAUGUCUUGUAAAAGAUGAAAAUAAAUUAUUGUUUUAUAUUUGA